CGCUGUUCUAACCCUCUCAUUUUGUUUAAACACACCCAGCCCUCCCCAUCUUCUACUAUUGCCAGUCGACCAGCAAUACUGAAUCAUGCCGAACACCUCAGAUCAUUCCACGGUCCUAUCUGCUACUUACAACUCGCCUUCUGGUUCAAAACAGUUCAGAUACGAGAUCUUAGCACCACAAAUCAAGGAGGACGGAUCGCUCAAUACCGGAGCCCAAACGAAGUACGUGUCCGAACUACGGUCGUCAAGCAAGAAGCUACAGGAGGAUAUCAAUAAAUUCCUGACUGAGAAAAUGGAGGAAGACAAGAAACAAACUGGACAGGGCAGCGAGGAUGGCACAUCCAAGCAGAAGACGAAGGAUGAAUUAGAAGAAGAGAACUACGGCGAGGAGAAUCAACAGGAUGAGACAUGAGAACAGAAAUCGCUCAUGGGUAUCAUAAAAUCACUAGCUUAUGGACAUCACUCCGUUAGACCACCUUGGCCGCAAUCUCACUUUGCUUGCGCACUGCACAUCCGAGGUGCACGACGGAAUUGCUGUCUCGAAUGUCAGCGCACAACCAGAAAGACAACGGGGAGAGGUGACAAACUUACUCCGGAAACACACUGAUCACGCUGCCACCAAGUCGCUUAUAGCAGACACCACAAACUCGAUCCUCAUCGAUCCUCACUUUUCUCCCUCGACCGCCUGACUGGGCACCCUCCCCAAGGAGCAAAGCGGCCUGAACUCGAACGGCGUCCACCUUUCUCAACCCAGAGACUAUCAUCGACUCGUUCAUGAUAGUAUUGGCAUUCCGUAUUCUUCCACGGAAGUAAAAUUCUAGCUCUUUCACCAGCAAGUCUUCAGGGAUCAACUCCAACGUCGAACUUGCCGGCAGCCUGGGUCCGUGUCGGGCCAUCAACUCAAUGGCUGGUCCGAAUAAUGCCUGCUCCCCUUUCGGCGGAUUCAGGUAGAGGUUUAGGAGGAUAUGAUAGAUUGAUGGCUCUUCAUCGACGGGGUCGGUCGUUGAAGGUCUCUUACGAGAAGCCAACUUGCUGGAGUAUUUGCCGGUUGUCUCCAGAUGCGUUUGAUUGCAAUAUUCCUCCGCUUUGCCAGGGUUGUGUAAUCUAAAGACAUAGAUUUCCAGAGCUUGCUUGUGGUUGCCCAUCUUACUAAAGACGAUGGCCCGUGCUUCAUAGAACGUUGGAUCAUCGCGAGGGAGUAAUCCCAGGGUUUUUGCGGGUGAGUACUGAUCAGAUGUCCUCAGCAAUGUUAGGAAUUUAUCAAGCAGAUCGUCUCGGUUCGGUGCGG